UUUCAUGUUAUAAUUGAACUGCCCAUUCUUUUGUUUUCUGACAAUUGAUACUUAACUUGUCAAUAUAAUUGAGGUUGUAAUAAGUUGAAAACAGCUCUAGCUUUGGGACGCACGAGAGGGUUCUUUCUAAGUGAGCCGCGUGCGAGUCUAAUACGUGGAUGCAGAGCGAGCUCCAGUAGCCGACGAGCUGUCCUCUGUAGUCUAUUUCUUAAUGGCAAGACCCAAGCAUGUCUGCCUAGCAUGGCUGUGGCUCUUGAACCGGCGACCAGCGGAUCGUUAUGGCUUUUAGCCGCAUCUAUUCGGACCCCCUGUCCCGAAGCAUUUUCAAAAAAUUCUUGGUCAUGCUGUGUUCUCUUCUCACCUCCCUAUACCUUCUCCACUGCCUCACGGAGCGCUGCAGCAGCAUGCCCAUCCCGGUGAAAGCCUCCAGCCAGGUCGCGGGCUUCUUUGCUGCAGAACUAGAUGACUUGAGGUCGCUGAGGAGGAAAAGACUUUUACAGAAAUGGACCACUGUGUCCAAGCAGGGCUCCAACCGCAAGAGCGCGGACGCCAAACACACCUUUGAGUUCUCCUGGUUCGAUGAUGCUGAUACGGGACAGGUUUUUUACGGACCGGAACCUCAGGUGGACAGAGAUUAUAGCGAGAACCGUGAGCUGUCCCGUGAUGUGCAGCUUUCUUUGGAUGAUAUCGUUUCUUUAAAAAGAUUAUCACCUCGUUUUAUGGUAAACACUGUAAGUACAGGUAAACUCAGCCCUCUUGGAGAGGGGACCAAGAAGCUGCCCCAGGCGCUGAUCAUCGGGGUGAAGAAAGGUGGAACGCGCGCACUGCUCGAGUUCCUCCGCGUGCAUCCAGAUAUCAGAGCGGUGGGAGCCGAGCCGCACUUCUUCGACCGUAACUACGAGAAUGGACUGGAAUGGUACAGGGAGUUGAUGCCUAAGACCCUAGAGGGACAGAUCACCAUGGAGAAGACCCCCAGCUACUUUGUGACCAGAGAGGCGCCGGCCCGGAUCUCCGCCAUGUCCCGGGACACCAAGCUGAUCGUAGUGGUGCGGGACCCGGUCACCAGGGCCAUCUCCGACUACACACAGACACUGUCCAAGAAGCCCGACAUUCCCACCUUCGAGAGCCUGACUUUCAAAAACAGGACUACGGGGCUUAUCGACACAUCCUGGAGUGCCAUCCAGAUCGGUAUCUACGCCAAGCACCUGGACAAUUGGCUGCAGUACUUCCCCAUGGACCAGAUUCUGUUUGUGAGCGGGGAGUGUCUGAUCAGCGACCCGGCUGGAGAACUGGGCAGGGUACAGGACUUCCUGGGACUCAAGAGGAUCAUCACAGACAAACACUUCUACUUCAACCAGACCAAGGGCUUCCCCUGCCUCAAGAAGGCUGAGGGCAGCAGCAAGCCCCACUGUCUGGGCAAAACCAAAGGGCGGACCCACCCCAACAUCCACCCGGAGGUAGUGCAGAGGUUACGGGACUUCUACAGGCCUUUCAACAUGAAGUUUUACCAGAUGACAGGAAGGAUUUUUGGUUGGAAUGACUGACUGCCUCAAGUACUGUAUUUCAAGUAAAGAACAUAGUACGAGUGUGCGCCAGCCACACUACUAAGCAUAAGCAAUAUGUCUGUGAGAGAGAGAGAAAGACUAAUCUGCUCAUACUGCAAAGCAUAUUCCAAUUCCAGCCACGUACAUGUGGAAUGAGUUGCACAGGGCUGGUGGAAGGAUUGUCCCUUAAAUAACAUCUUGUUGUUCCAAUAGAAAAAAGAUAAUGUAUCUAAAUCUAUAGGAGUUGCUCCCGGGCACCAUCAGAAUGAAGCGUCAUCUGUUUGGAACCUUCCAGAAAUAUGCAGUGCUGUUUUUUUGUUUAGGAGGUUAUAUGAAAUCACACGGCGGGGCUUGAGAUUGCAAGUUCAGUCAGAGUGAUUAUAUGCCAUAUUUUAAAGCAAGCAUAGCUGCUUUUCAAAGAUCUCAAUUUUUCUAGAAAUAUAUGGAAAAUAUAAAAACGUGUUAUUUAUUUAAGAUAAUGUCCACAUGCAGUAAUCUUAAAAUCCAGACCCUGGGCAACAGUUUUUUUGUUUUUUUUAACUCUUUUUGAACAUUCAUAAAAAAGUAUACCACACCGAAAUGUUGUUAUGGAUUUGUCUAUCUUUAUGAAAGACUUGAAGGCGGUGGGGUCAUCAGUAACACUUCAUUUUAAUUUAUUUCAAUUAUUAUUUAACUAACACCGUAAUUACGGUAAUAAGAACAUAGUAAAGAUAUCAAUAUUACUUUGUAAAUGCAUGGUAACGGUGGUUGCAGAAUCAGUUAUUUCACGACUGGUACAAGGAAUGUGUAAAUACACAUUCACUUGUUAAAUGUUGUGUAACAUGUGUAACUACUGAUGAAAUUGUGUAACAGUUUGUAACUAAUGUUUUGUAAUAACAUGCUUUGAGUCACCUGUUAUCAUACCGGAAUGUGACCUCAGGUCGCUUCCAUCAACACUGCAGGCAAUACCAGCUUUAAACAUAUUGACCUGUGUAUUCAUUGUGUUGUUGCUAUAGCUGUUACUGCGUUGUAUUCAGCAUUUCACGAAGGUGUGGAUACUACCAUGAUGUUCUAAAUGAUUAUAUCGUGUUUGUUUUUCAAAAAACUGAAAUUAGGUGAACAUCUGACACUUUCAUCAAACAGGAAAUAUCAGCGAGAUUUCUACACAUAACAAAAUUGGAACAAACAAGAUGGAGUUCAUUUUGAGUGGCUAGUUUGCAUAAACGGUCAUCACAAAAAAUUUGCAAGUUUGCCUCUAAAGUUUUGUUUCGUUUUGCUACGUUCUGGAAUGUCUGUCUCAUGAUUUUUUGGGCGAGUUGUCUGUUUAAAGAAGAUCCACUCUGUUGAUGUACUCUAGUUCCUCAAUUCCAGAAGAGUGCAUCAUUGAAAACAGACUUGGUUGCCUAAGGUCUGGAUUUCAUGACACCACAUGCAGUAUAUACAAUAGUACAUAUCUUCAAAAACUUUCAUCUCUGAUAUCGUCUACCAUUAUCUUCUCUGGGCCUCUGAAGUUAUUUUUAUUUGAUUCUGUACAACAUCAAUGCAUUUU